AUGGCCUGGGUCAUCUCUACGGGGGUUUGUGUCGUCUAUACACUUGCAGCCGAGACGCACAACGUUCAAAAAGCAGCCGCUAAGACCACAAAUGUCCAUACAGAUGGGAAUAACCAGGUCGGGAGCAGCAGUCGAGAUGUUAUAACACGACAAUACCUAUUCCGAACGUAUCUCGGUCUCAUUUUAUACCAGGUCUGCCUCUGCCUGACCAAGUUCUCCAUCUUGAGCUUCUACCUGCGCAUGUUCGGCACCUGGCGGCCCCUGGAGCGCCGGCUUGCCUGGGCGACGGUGACCUUUGUUGUGGCGUUCGGGAUCCCGCUGCUCUUUGGCAGCAUUUUCAUAUGCCAUCCGGCCACCGGCACGUCUUUCCUGGUCGGUACCCCCGAGACGGACAAAUGCUUCCCCUUCACGCCGCUCCUCAUCGCCAGCGCGAGCCUGCACACGACCACCGACGCCUGGCUCAUCGUGCUCGUCAUCCCCUGCGUCUGGCGGCUCGACAUUGCACCGCGGCAAAAGGCAGCUCUUGGCGUCGUCCUUUCCCUCGGGGUCUUUGUCAUCGCGGCCAGCCUCACUAGGCUACAGCUAUCCCUUCACUCAAACUACAUGCCGGUCGGUGGCGGCGGAGGGGGAGGAGAAGGUGGCAAGGCGGGCAACACGCUUGCCUUCUUCGUCAUGACGAUACUCGAGUGCGACGUUGCGCUGAUUUGCGCGUCGGCGCCGACGCUGAGGCCGCUGCUCGCCAGGCUGUGGCCCAGAUCCGGGAUGGGGGACCCGUUGGUGUUCAGGAGGCGGUCGAGGUUGCGCCGUUGUCACUACCGACAGAAUCGACGGCGCGUCCUGGAGAACAGCGUCAACCUGACGAGCGUCGUCAGCUUCCACGGGUACCCGUGGGCCGCCAAGAUAGGCCACACUGAACCCGAGGUCAGGAGCCCGAGUCCAAGCGCAGACGGGAGCGGAUCCAAGAGCGGGACAAAGAGGCCCCUGGCGGUGGGUGAUGCGUACCCACCGCGCCGACCGCCGCCCGAUAUGCCGGUGCCGCCGGUGCCGGCGCUGAGGACCGUUCAUCGGACGCCAACCACGCUGAGUCUCAAGAGCCUUGUCAAUGUGGUUUCGCCUCGGAGCCGGGCGGUCACACUGUCGGAUGAGGAGGACGGGGCGGUGUUGCUGCUGCUAGGGGACAGCGGAGCUGGGCUGUGCCGGGCACAGACGUGGUCGCAGAGCCAGGAGAGCUUCGUCAUGGGGGUCAACGACCCGGCCAGCCCGCAUCGGACGAGCUUCGUUUUUGGUGGGCAUCAUCGCGGUGCUGGCAAAGGCUGGGUUGGCGAACAGACGGAUGUAGGCUCGGUGGUGGAUGUCUUUGGUGGCGGCAGACCAGUCACUAGGGAGGAUGGAAAGGACAAGGAGAUGAAAGGAGAGUUUUGGCUGCAGAUGAGGAGGCAUUCGGCCUCGGCGGCCCAGCAGCCUAGUAUAAUAGUAGGCCGCAGAGGUGCCGGAGAGGCAGGUACUUGGCAUGGGUGA